AUGGCUAGUAUUGAUCGAUGGGUCUACAUACUUUUUGAGGUAUUAAUUGCUGUAGCAUGUUGCAUAGGCAAUGUGCUGGUAAUCUGUGCAGUGUGGUUGUGUGGUACCCUCAACCAACCCACCUUCUGCUUUAUUGCAUCUUUGGCAAUGGCUGACUUACUGGUUGGGACUGUAGGAGUGCCAUUAUCUGUACUGGUGGAUGUCAAGGUGGAAACGUCAUUUCAUGCCUGUCUCUUUUUUUGCUGUGUCUUAAUUAUACCACAAGUGGCUUCAGUUGCCUUCCUUCUGGCUAUUGCAGUGGACCGAUGUCUCCGUGUGUGCAUUCCUCUAACGUAUAAGAGUACAGUCACCAAAAGAAUGUCUUGGAUAGCGGUGGCUUCUUGCUGGUUUACUGCUGCUAUGCUGGGUUUCAUCCCUCUGUUCGGCUGGCACAAGUCCUGGGAUAAUUCAACACAUGUUAACUCCAGCACUUUUGAAUGCAGUUUCUUAGCUGUUAUCUCUGAAUCAUACUUAGUUAAAUGCAUAUUUUUUAGCUCUUUGCUUCCUGCUUUGGCUGUUAUAUUGGCCCUAUAUUGGUAUAUCUUCUUAACCACUAGACGGCAGUUAAGAGCAAAUGUGGGUGUGGCUUCAGAGUCCAGAACAUAUUAUCACAAAGAGUACCAUCUGGCUGGUUCACUGUUACUGGUUUUGAUUUUAUUUGCUGUCUGUUGGCUCCCUCUGUACCUAAUGCACACUAUUAAUUUCUAUGGUGGAAAUGUUGUGCCUCCAUUCAUUACUGACAUAUGUGUCCUCCUGUCUCAUGCUAAUUCAGCAGUUAAUCCUAUAUUAUAUUCAUUUAAAAUCCCAAAGAUAAAAGUGGCAUAUAGGAAGCUGUGGUACAGACUUUGUCCUGGUAGGGAAAUGCAGCACAGUAAAGAGAAUAAUAUGGAGCUCAGCAAAACAACUGUCAACACAACUGAACAAAAUCAGCAGAGACAGUGA